GAAAAGUUACUAAGUAAGAACGCACCAACUGAGAAAGAAGCGUUUGCUAUUGUUGUUGUUGUGUUUAUUUCACGAAUUAGAGAAAAAUAGUGAAUUGUCCCUGAAUUUGAAUCGUUUUAACAAAAAGAACUGUGAUAAAUACAACCGUUAAAACUCAAUAAACGUGUAAAUAGAUGCUGAAAUUAUGGAUAUUUCCGACGAAGAUAUGGCAAAGCUUGUGUUGGGCUACUUAAGGUCCGAAAAGUGUAAAGGUGCCGCGAAAAUGUUUGUACAAUCAUCCAGACAUUUGCAGGAUGCUCAAAAUAGUAUCCGUAGAGCAAAACAUUUCAUUACCCAUAAACAUGGAUAUUGUUUGAGGGAAAUUCUCAGGGAAUAUGCUAAAUUAUACACUAUAAUUAUUGAAUAUUUGGAAGAUCUUUCUUAUAUGAGUGAUAUAACAACGAGAGAUAUGCCAAGUAAACUUAUUUAUUUAUUGGAAAGAGCUCAAUCUAGAGAAUCUUACACACCAAGUUUAUCACCGAGAAGUCGAAGUAGUACUCCGGUAAAACAACUUCAAAAUACAAAACCAUUUUCGUCACAAAAUCUCUCAAGAAUUGAUGAAAAAUCCCCGUCGGAAUUUGAUGUAAAUACAACUCCCCUUCAUGAUCUUCCUGGUCAUUUUAGCUCUAAUAAUAAUACGUCGGAAGAAAAGCGACAUAAAUCGACUGAAGAAUCUGAUCUUACAGAUAAUAAUGAUAGUGAAGGAAGUAUUGCAAAAGUUUUACUUGAAACUGUGUUAGAAAAUCGGGAAUUUCAAGAAAAAUUAGUUGAAAACAUCAACUCGGUUAUCCAAAAACCUUCAGAGGAAAAUGUUGUUGAAAACAACCCGGUUAAUAACGAAUUAGAUUCAGCUAUAAAAGCAAUUGUAGAUAAAACUGAACAUGAUCCAGUUUUCGAACGAUUAUUGAGUGAUUUAAUCGGUCCUGAGAAAAAGUUAGAAACUGAUUUAGAUGAAAAUAAACAGAAAGAAAAAGUAAGUGAAGAAAUAUCCCAACCGGAGGUACCAGAAGUAAAUUUGGAGUUAAAUCCAACAAUUAAUCCAACAGAUGAGGUUAAAUCAACACCUCCAAAACGAUCAAUGCUAACUUUAGAAGGAACAAAAGUUGAUUUGCCCCCAAAACAAAAUUUAACUGUAAAUACAAACACCGGGGAAGUUAUUUUAUAUGAUGGUACAUUAGAAAAUUACAUGAAAGAGCAACCAAUGAAUUCCCAAUCAACAACAACAUCAGUGAAUUCUACAUGUUCUUCCAAUUUAGUGUUAAAUGCUGGAUUAUUGAUGGUUCAACCACAAACGGUUGUACAACAACCACAAUCUUAUUUUCUUUGGAAUAGUUCCCAAGUUGUUAAUAUGGGUGUUCCUCAAUAUAAAGUUAAUGCCAUAUCAGAUCAUGAUAUCUUAUCAAUGCCCACAGUUAUUGUUUGUGAUGAAAAUCAACAAGAACUAGGUAUAAACAAAGGUGUGGAGGAAAUAAAAGCGAAAACCUUAAAAAAAAUCGCACCAAAACCAAUGGUUGAUAUGUCCAAAGGAAACAAAAAAUCAAAGAGGAAAUCACCAAGAAAACAUAGCCAUUCACCAAAAACAACAAAAAUUCAAGAUGUUGAGAAGAAAGUUGAGAUUAAAAUUGAAGUUUUAAGAGAGUCACAAAAUCAUCAAUCUAAUUUGGAUAAUUGUGAAGGAGAUAAAAUUGAAUCUAAAUCUAGUUCUGAUAAAAUUGUGAAAGAAACAACACCAAAAAACAAACUAAUUGAUGAAUCAACUUCCACUCCAAGAAGUGCAUCUCACAUUCGCAUUUUAGACUUUGAUUUUACCCCGAAAUCAAUUUCAAAACAAAUUAAUAAAGAACAGAAACCGCGAAGUGGGUCAUCACCGAAGAGGAAAUCGCCGAAUACGAAAGGAAAUCAUCAACCUACAAAAAUUUCAAAAUCAUUGUUUAGUUCACCUGCAAAGAAUCAGAGAAAGAGAUGUGGGGGUGAUAGUGAGAAGAAAGGGGCUAAAAAAAGUUGGGAUGCAGAUUUAAGGGCUUUAGCAGCUUCUACGGCAAUAAGAGAGCCCCCAAAAAGAGAAAAAUCCAAACGGAAACCAAAAAAAUCGGAAAAGUUAAAUAAAACGGAAGAAAAUGCAAAAGCAAUUGAAGAUAAUUUGAGAGCAGAUGAAAUUGCAAAUAAUGAAGAUAUUAAAACUGAGAAAACUAAAGAAUCAACAUUGUAUGAAAAGAAGGUUUUGGCUGAUUGUGCUGAAAAAGAUGAAAUCUUAAUUCAAAAGGAAAUUGAACCAGGAGCUGAUACGGAAGAGGAAGGUGAAAGUACAUUCACGUUGAUUAAUUAUAAUCGUGCGCCGAGAAUUAAACGAAAAUGUAACAUAGACGGGAAUGUAAAGAAGGUGGGGAAAGUAACGAAAGUUAAAGAAGUUAAGAAUUUAGAUGUGUGUAACAAUAAAAUGAUUUUAUCUCCAUCGAAAUUAAAUGCGAGUAAAAGGACUUUUGUCGAAAAAAUUGAUGGCAAUGUGAAAAACGAGCAAGAAAUUGAAAAAGAGAAGGAAAAAAUUGAGGAGAAUUUAAAAGUGCCAUUAACUCCGAGGCUUUAUGAUGAAAAUGAACUUUUAACUUUAAAUUUUGCUAAGUUUACUCCAGAAAAUAUUCCAACAGUAAGUUUUUCUGAUAGUCUUGAUGUUAGUGGGGUUAUGAAAGCAACUAGAAAUUUGCUACCUUUAUUAGAUACCCCAUUAAAGAUUGAAAACACUUUAUUAAUACCAAAAACGCCGGGAAUUAGUACCCCAAAUAAUAUUAAAGAAACUCCAAUUACUAAAAUGAUUAAUGAGCAUUGUGAAAAUAUUGAUUUAGUCGAUAUUGAAACUCCAAAAAUUUUAAUUACACCUAGUAUAGGAAUAACGCCCUAUGUUAAUCGCCGAACGGAUUAUUCAACAAGUUCGUCUUAUUAUCAACCCAGUGAUACAGAACAAAAUAAAUCAAUUGAACAAUUAAUUGAGGAAACAAAGAGAGAUAAAAAAAUAAUCGUUGAAAAAGAAAAUGAUGCUAAUAAGAAUGAUUUAACAUCGAUUGUUAAUAAAUUAAAUAGUUUUAAUAAAAAUGUUAUUGGAAGAAAAAAUUUAAGUUUAGUGACAAAAGUUGAUACAGUUUCUUUUGGCGAUUCAGAAAGUGAAACUGAUUUUAUAGAUAAUGAAAUAAACGAUGAAGAAAGUAAGUGUGAAUCAAAAAAAAAUGUAACUGUCAUUCAAAAUGAGAAGGAAGGUGGGAAAAGUAGAUAUUCUUUAAGAUCGCGUAGUAAAGAGGAUGCAAAAAAAGUCGAUGAUAAAAAUAAUAAAAAUGAUUCGUUAGAAAAAGAGGAAAUAAACGCUCCUGAAUUUCAACUUUUAGAUCCAAAAGAUAAAAUUUUAAGAGAAUUAGAGAAAAAACGACAAGAAACGAUUGCAUUGAUUAAAAAGCCUGAAUUACAAAGUAAAACCACUUCAAAAAGUAAUCCAAAAAAAGAAAUUGUUGAUAAUAAAAAAUUAAAUGAUGAAAAAACUGUUUUAAAAUCACAAGAAAUUAAGAAACCAGUUAAAGCGAAAAGUAAUCCAAAACCACAAAAAACAACAACAAGAAAAGGAAAUCAAAGAAAGGUUAAUAAAAAUGUGACAAAAGUAAUUAAUAUAGUUGGAGAUCCCGAAAAAAAUGAUUCAAACUUAAUAAAUCCUUUAAAUUACGUUGAAGCACAUCUAGGUAAUAACUCAAACGAUAAUAAAAAAAAAUACGAAUCGAAUCAAGAACUUUUAGUAAGAGAUUUAAAAGAACGUGGAAUUUAUUUGCUUCCUAAAAACAAAAAAGAAAUAAUUUUAGAACCUCCCAACGAUAAUUCAUCAACUGAAUUAAUAAAUGUAGAAAUAAAAAACGUUUUACCAUUAAAAAAACGUGAUAGUAAUAAAUCUUUCGAAAUUAACACCGAAACUAACAUACAAGAUAAAAACAACUUAUUACAAGAUGAUUUAAAUUUAACCGAUUCAUUUAUCGAUGAUAAAGAGCCGAUAAUUUUUAGUGAUAACUUAAAAUUAUUAGAUUAUAUCAUAUUUCACGAUCCAAAUGAAUCAAAUAAAAAAACCUUACAAGAUUACGACUUAAAAUGUCUCGAUAAAACUUAUAAUGUUCCCGUUUAUUGGGAAGAAUAUAAAUUCGACGAUUCCCGCCCAUUAAAAGUAACGAAAACCGAUUUCUUUUUCGAUUUAGAAUUUAAUUCGGAACAAAAUCAAAUUCAAACCAAAAAUCAAACCAAUACAAAAAUAAAUGAAAAAAUUGUUGAAUCUGGGAAGAAAUAUCGAAGGAAAUCUCUUGAGUUAAAUAAAAAAUCGACGUUGGUUCCAGCGAAAAAAUCAAAUAGAAGUGAAUCUGUGGUUGAUGUUAAAAGUACCAAAAAGAAAUCUUUAGAUUUGAUGGAUAUAGCGAUUGUUGGUGAGAAAUUUCCCAAAACCGAUGAAACCAAUACUAAACGAAAAGCUGAUGAAGUUGUUGCAUCUGAAAAGAAUAAAUGCCCGAAAUUAUGCGAUAAUUUAUUGUCGGGAUUGAAUGUUGAACAUUUUUUAUCACAAAUUCACAAAGAUUAA